UCGUCGCGCUUUUCUCCUCCUCCUGCGUGCUGCUCGCUCCACUGUGUGUCUGCUAUCUGUCUGUCCACCACCCACCCACCCGACAACGAUGGAGAUGAACGAGGAAGCGGGCGUGGUGAUGCAGCGCCUGAUAGAGUCGCAUGGCUCUGUGGAGAAGCUUCCCUCGACGAUCCUCGGGUUGACACCGAUGCUGGCCCACGGCAUGGAUUGGCGCGAUUUCAUUGGCCAGGUCACCGCCGCUGGCUUAGCACAGCAGGACGGCCGUCAGCUCCACUGGAACGCCACCGCCGUCAACCAGUGGUAUGAUGCCCGUCUCGUCGACUCGGAUUAUGAAGACGACUUUGAAGAAGAAGAAGAACAAGACAGUGAAGAAGACCAAGAGGAAGAGGAGGCGGCGGCGGUGCUGGACGGCCAGGGUCAGGGGCAGCAGCAGCAGCACCAGGGACAGCAAGCCCAAGCACAGCAAGAAACAGUCCCCGCGCCGCUGCCGCCAUCGACAACAUCCGGCACCAACGGCGGCGGUGCAAGCCAUGUCCAGAAGCUGUUCAACUUCUCGGAUACGGCCAGCACGCAGAUCGGGCCAGGCGAAGAGACCAGCCCUCGCACGGCCCCUCUCAACGCGGCGGCAGUCCAAGCAACAUCGUCGUCGUCGACCAACCCAUACGGCCCGCCUCCAGGCACCGUUCCUGCGGACAGUCGCCCUUCGCGGCCCUUUCCGUUUCAGACGACACCACCUCCCACCCCGCAGUACGUUACUGGCCCGCCCACUCCAAACAGCCUGCGCGCCAUGAAGUCUGGCGCCGUGGCCCCGCCUGCGCGGCCCCCAUCCCACGACGCACCGAGGACGCAAGCGCAACAACAGCUACAGCAGCAGCAGCAGCAGCAAGCUUCCGCAGUUUUGCCAACUGCAGACGAUGAGGAAGUGGUUGCUGCAAUCAAGCAACAUCUUGUGGAAGUUGGAGGCGAGGCCGUCGCCUGUUCCCUGCCCAUCCAUCUGCACCACGUUGUGCCACACGCGAGUGACACGAUCAAGCGCCACGGCAGGUUCCGCAACUUUGUCGAUGCAUUCCACCACAAGGGCAUCGCGUUUGUCGAAAACUCGAGUGGUGGGAACGUGCGGCUGACACAUGGCCUCGCUCACCGGUCGCUGUCCCAGAAGAGGACGAAAGCCGGCCAGCCGCCUGCAGCCGAACAAGGCCAGCAGCAGAGUUUUCAACAACAAGUUCAAGAGCAAUUCAAGCAAGGACAACAACAACAGCAACAACAGCCGCCUCCUCAGCAGCCACCACGGCAGGAGCAGGCAACACAGCCAAAGCCACAGCAGCAGCAACAGCAGCAGCAACAACAGCAGCAGCAGCAACAACAGCACCAGCAACAACAGCACCAGCAACAACAACACCAGCUACAACAGCACCAGCAACAACAGCACCAGCAGCAGGUAGCGAUGGACCCGCGUCUGGCACAGCGCGUGCCUCCGAGCGGUGCGCCUUCUGUGGAAGAGGUUGCUCGCGCCAUCAGGAAGUACCUGCAGGCUGCUGGCGGUGCGGCCUGUGCCAGCGCCGUUCCCCUCCAUCUGCAGCACGAGAUGCCAUCGGCGAUUGACACCAUCGGCGCCUUUGGGCGCUUCCGCGCGUUUGUUGACAUGUGCGACAGUAAGGGCCUGGGAUUUGAGUUCAUCCACGACAACAUGAAUGGUCGCGUGCAGCUCACCAGCCGUUCCAACGCAACAGCACCAGCAGCACCACCAAAACCAACACCAGCACCGAAACCAAAACCAGCACCAACAGCAGCCCCAACUGCACCCACAGCAACAGCGCCACCGCGGCGCCACUCCAUCAACACCCCGUCAACGAGUGAUGUUGCUCGCGUCAUCAGGCACUACCUGCGGGACAAAGGCGGCUCUGUCAUUGCCAGCUCCAUCCCAAUCUAUCUGAGGGACGCGAUGCCUGACGCUGACACAACCAUGAAGAAAUACGGCAGGUUUCGCAGCUUCGUUGAGGAGUGUGCUCAGAGAGACCUGGGGUUUAAGUAUGUCCCCGACAACGCGAGUGGCCUUGUCUGCCUGACCGAGCGUGAGCAUGAUUCGCGUUCGCAGCCCCACUCCAGCAUCACCCCCCCGUCAGCGAGUGAAGUUGCUCGCGUCAUCCGCCGUUUCCUGCACGGCCAACAUGGCUCCAUCAUUGCCAGCUCCAUCCCACCGUACCUCAAGCACGCAAUGCCUGGGGCUGAGGCAACCAUCAAGAAAUACGGCAAGUUCCGCAGCUUCGUUGAAGAGUGUGCGAAAAGAAGGUUGGGGUUUGAGUACGUCCCCGACAACGCGAGUGGGUUUGUGCGCCUGACCAACAGCAGCAGCAGCAGCAGCAGCAGCAGCAGCCGUGGCAACGCGAGCGUGCGUACUGCCAACACUGCAGCCAUUCCUGCAUCAGCAACGGCGGUGCACCAUCCGUUGGCUGCACGUGCCCCGACGACUGCUGCUAACACAACCAGCAGCAACGCAGCGCAGCCAGCAGGCGUGGCGCCCGCUCCACCGGCUCCUCCUGCUGCCCUGCAGGCGUCGUCAGCCCACGCACAUGUCCAACACCACCAGCACCAGCAGCAGCAGCAAGAACAGCAGCAAGAACAGCAGCAGCAGCAGCACGAACAGCAGCAGCAGCAAGAGCAGCAGCAACCUUCUUCUUCUUCGGCCCCAUCAACCGCGGGUGCCACGAGUGCGACUGCUACUGCUCCCACUGAGGCCAGUGCAACGAGCCAGGGCGCGCGCUUUGAUGUUGAUGCUGCUGCGUUUGCCGAUCACGUGGCAACGCGCUUGCCACUCUCGACGCGGCUCGUAGAGUACGUGAACCGCCACGCUUCCGAGGUGGCAGGCGUCGACCUGCAUGUUGACGGCCGGGCCAUUGUCUGGCAGCGCGGCCCGCAUGACGAGAAGCCGCGGCCCGAGGUUUUUGUGGACGCCCACACGUGCCACGAGGUCGUCGAGUGGCCCGAGACGAACCACCUCGGCUGCCUCGCCAUCGACAACGCGUUGCACAAGGUGUGCGUGCUGCGUGACAGCAUGGACCACCUGUCGUGCGUCACCAUUCGCCUCGUGCACCCGAUGCUGCCACUGCCGCACUUCCCCUUCCUUGCCAAGAAGGCGGCCACUGGUGGCUUCUUUGCCUUCCGCGGCACCGACCGCGCCGUGUGCAAUGCCUUCCUUCGCACCGCCGCCAAGCACCUGUGCAUGUCCAACCACGUCGUUGUGCUUGAUCCGUACGGCGAGAUUGCCGGCCAGGGCCAGCGCUGCGAGGCCCUCAUUGGCGGCGCUGUGCGCAUGCCGCUGUUCCCCGAUGACGACAGUGCGCGCGCUGUGGAGCGAGCCACCGUCGUGCUGGACGCAGACAUUGUCAUCUUGUGUAUCACGCCAGCGCACAAGCACGCCCACUUGGCAAACAUUGCCGAGCAGCUCCCUGUCUCCCUCAUCACCGCCAUGAUCACAAAGUGAUGGGUGUAUGUGUGUGUGUGCGUGUGUGUGUAUGUGUGUGCGCGCGCGCUUGUUUGUGAGAGAGUGAGCGUGUGCGCGUGUAUGUCGUGUGUGUGAGUGUUUGCGCGCGUGUAUGUGUGAGUCAGUGCGUGAGUGUGAGCGCGUGUUUGUGUACAGUUUCAUUGUUGAACGACUGAUGUAUGUGUUGAGUAUGAUGCGUUCAUCACAUCAUGUCACCCCUCGCUCUUUGCCCCCUUGCUUGCGAUUGUGCGUCUGCGUUGCCAAUUGGCUGGUUGGGUUCAUUUGAAGAUGAACAGAGUACCCCGU